CAGCAAGACCCAGUGACUGUAAGGUUUCUUCUGUAUGACUCGAUUUGGUGCACCAGCACUUUUGGAACCACAUUGUCCUUAGAUAAUGCUGUAGUACACUGGCCUGCUUUGCACUUCAACUCUUGAUACCAUCAGAAGUUUUACAGAUUAAAAUUUCUUUUCCUGUAAGUUGGUUUGCCGUUGACCAAUAUUGCUCUCUUUACAUAGGGCUUGUAGAGAUAAUUCACAAGAACUAGCCGGACCCCAUGCACAUUUGGAAAGGAAUACCUGUCUAAUUUUUUCGGAGUGCUUGGUUAUGAAACAGGAAGAAAAAUAGUAGAGAUUCUAAUGAAUGUCUCUGAAGUGGAGAGGAAAGAAAAGGAGAGCCUGUGAUAACUGCUUAUCAUAAUCUACUUCUUGAGAAACCAUAUUAUUGAGAGAAGAUUUCAAGAUACUAAAUCUUAGAGAAAUGGCUUUCAUUUGUUUGGAUAUCAGAUGCCUAUUUAUCUUUCUAAUUUGCACAGAAUUUAGCUAUACUUUCUCUUCAAACACGGAAAUAAAAGUUAAUCCUCCUCGGGAUUUUGUGAUAGUGGAUCCUGGAUAUUUAGGUUAUCUCUAUUUACAAUGGCAACCUCCGCUGGCUCUGGAAAAUUUUAAGGAAUGCACAAUAGAAUAUGAAUUACAAUACCGAAAUAUCAAUAGUGAAAGAUGGAAGACCAUUAUUACUAAGAAUCUAUAUUAUAAAGAUGGGUUUGAUCUUAACCAGGGCAUUGAAGCAAAGGUACACACACUUUUGUCAAGGCAAUGCACAAAUGGAUCAGAAGCUCAAAGUUCAUGGUCAGAAGCUACUUAUUGGACAUCAGAACAAGGAAGUCUGGAAACUAAAAUUCAGGACAUGGAUUGUGUGUAUUACAACUGGCAAUACUUAGUCUGUUCCUGGAAACCUGGUAUGGGUGCACAUUUUGAUACCAAUUACACCUUGUUUUAUUGGUAUGAGGGAUUGGAACAUGCAUUACAGUGCGUUGAUUACAUCAAGUCUAAUGGAAUAAAUAUUGGAUGCAGGUUUCCCUCUUUGGAGUCAGCAGACUAUAAAGAUUUCUUUGUCUGUGUUAAUGGAUCAUCAGAAUCCAAGCCUAUCAGAUCCAGCUAUUUCAUUUUUCAACUUCAAAAUAUAGUUAAACCUUUGCCACCAGACUAUUUUAAUCUUACUGUGAAGAAUAUAUUUGAAAUUAACCUGAAAUGGAGCACACCUAAAGGACCCAUUCCAGCAAUAUGUUUCAUUUAUGAAAUUGUGCUCACAGGAGAUGAUACUUCCUGGAUGACUACCACAGUUGAAAAUGAAAUGUACAUCACAAGGACAUCGAACGAAAGCCAACAAUUCUGCUUUUUAAUAAGAAGCAAAAUGAAUAUUUAUUGCUCAGAUGAUGGAAUUUGGAGUGAGUGGAGUGAUGAACAAUGCUGGCUAGUAGAUGAUGUACGGACGGAAACGAUGAUAUUUUUUGUGAUACCAUUUACUUUUGUUUCAUUAUUUGUUUUAUUAAUAACUUGUCUGCUUUUGUAUAAGCAGAAAGCUGUAUUGAAAAAGAUAUUUCAUACGAAAAAGGACGUUUUUUCUCAUCAAGAGACAUUCUGUUGACUUACCAAGUUCCAGUUAUAUGACUGAAUGUUAAAAUGAGUUUUAUGAAAUAGAAUUUUGUCUUCAAAAGUUGAAUACAUUUUAAUGUAAAACAGUGUUGCAUCUAAACAAGUUUUAGAGUACUCAGACCCUCAGCUAGUAGUAAAUUUACUGGAUUUUAUUAAGUUUUUGUUUUCCUCAUAAAUCUGUAGUGAUAGUGAAGCACAUAGAGAAGCCAAGGGAUAGGUUAAAUUUUAUUCAAUGAUGUAUUAAUAAAAUGAUGUGAUUUUCCAACUUGCACUAAGUCAUGGAGAUAUUACAAAGUUUUGAAAAGAAGAUUGCAGUGUUUUUAAUUUUUUCUUAUUAAUUGUUUUAAAUUGCACUGUGGACGAAAGUAUUUACCAUUAAUAACAUCAUUCAGCUUUAAAACUUGAGAAAUGGAGUAGUAGGAAGCAAAAAGUUUUAAAUACAUUCAUAGUCCUAAGUAUGUGCUUCACAUUUCAUGAAAGAAAAAAGUGGGAAGAAUGUAGUGCUUGAAGGCUGAAAAUAAAUGACUAGACCACUUUUGAGAAAUUCAGAGGUCAUGAACUACACAGAAAAGCUUGGGAGUUUCCUGUACAAGGAGCAGACAGACUUUGCUAAUUUCUGAUGGUGUGGGGUUUUUUGUUUGUGUUUUACUUUGUUUUGCUUUGGUUCAAGGACAGAAAGGCAAAAACCUGUGAAACUGGUUUAAGAAUCCUUUUAAAAGUACAUGCAACCUUCAGAGGCUAUGUCAGUGUAGACUACGUAGGUGUAGGCGGUUGCUUUAAAACUUAGGGAAUAAUGGACUACAUAUUACAAUCAAGAGCCAGGUU